AGGUCAAGAUCCAUCCUUUCCCCAAAAAUUUCUCCAAAUAUUCACAAAAAUCACUCUAUUACUCAUACUAAUACUAGUAAAUUAAGCAAUAAAUUAUCCACCUAAUGGUCCCCUAACUCUUCACUGCUACCAUACUAGAACGGGUGGCAGCAAAGACACCUGCCUUCUGCUGCUGCUGCUGUUGCAAUUGCUAUUGCGGAUCGCAGUUUUCCUCUUCCUGAACGGGUCCAAUUCCUUUGUGGACUUCACCGAUCAGGCCUGCAUUCUUCUGGGAUUAAUACGUUAGGAGUUCUUGGAAUAAAGGAUGGAGAUGCAGAUUGGAAGAGUAGGGAACAUCAUAAAAUGGAAUUGUUUCCUCCAUAAAGUUGUGUUGUGUCCUUUGCUUUGCUUGCCUUUGUAUGGUUUUGAGGCCUGAUGGAAUUUGGUGCCAAGAUGGUGGCUCAGGGUUUCACAGUUGAUUUAAACAAACCUCUUGUCUUCCAGGUAGGUCAUCUUGGAGAAUCUUAUCAGGAGUGGGUUCACCAGCCUAUAGUUAGCAAGGAAGGUCCCCGAUUUUUUGGAAGUGACUUUUGGGAGUUUUUAACCCGCACAGAAUGGUGGGUAAUCCCCCUUGUUUGGCUCCCAGUUGUAUGUUGGUUUGUUUCAAAGUCGAUUGUGAUGGGUCAUACACUUCCUCAAAUAGCUCUGACGGUGGUAACUGGAAUCGGUGUAUGGACUUUGCUAGAAUACACUCUACAUCGUUUCCUUUUCCACAUCAAGACGAAAAGUUAUUGGGGAAAUACCAUACAUUAUCUUCUUCAUGGUUGCCAUCAUAAGCACCCCAUGGAUGGUCUGCGCCUUGUCUUCCCUCCUGCUGCAACUGCUGUGCUGUGCUUACCUUUCUACAACUUAGUAAAACUCAUUUCUACUCCUUCUACUGCUCCUGCUUUGUUUGGAGGUGGUUUACUGGGUUAUGUGAUAUAUGAUGUAACCCAUUAUUACUUGCACCAUGGGCAGCCUACAAGUGAAGUGCCAAAAAACCUCAAGAAAUAUCAUUUGAAUCAUCACUUUCGUAUCCAAAAUAAAGGCUUUGGUAUCACUUCCUCGUUAUGGGAUAAGGUCUUUGGAACACUACCAACCUCAGUGCCAGCUGAGAAGAGCAGAUAGUUUGAUGUGUAAUAACUUAGUAUUCGGCCAAAUAUUUCGUUCUCCAAAUAUUCUUUUUUAUGCUAUUAUUUAUAUGCAGAAUAGGAGUUUUCUAAGAAAAGUAGCAGAUUUUGGUUUAAGGGAGGCAAUGUAGAAAGUUAAACCAAGUCUUAUUUAAUUAUUUAGUUCAGCGUCCAAAAUUGGUGUGACGUCCGAGUCAUAUUUAGUCUCCUUGGGCUUACGUCGGUUAAAGUUUCCAAGUCCAAUUGUAUUCUCUUUUCCUUGAUUGAUUCGGUGUCCGGUGUUUGAGGAAGCGGGCGGUGGAUAUUUGAGGAAUAAAUUUGAGAGUUUGCCUCCUGAAACUUGUAUUUUCCUACUCAUGUACCAUUACAUUUCGUCUU